AUGUCAAUUUUAAAAUUGAAUAGAUUCGUACUAAUAUGUCCCAGGAGGUUGCUAAGCCAUAAUUAUUCCAAUCUGCAUACUAAUAUUGAUAUAAUUGUUGAUGAUGUUAAGAAAGUUGUUGAUUUCAACAAUUCUCUUCUUAACAAGGUUGAUACGAAGUCAAACUUUGAUUCUAAAGUUUUUGCUAACCUAGAAGAGUUAUUGGGGAGUUUGAAGGGAUCCUUGUCAAAGCUUGAAGUUUCUCCUUCAUCUUCGAUUUCUCAAGAGUCUUUUUCGAAGUUUCUUUCUACCUUCGAAACUAAUCUCAAGGCUGAAGUUGCUCCUUUAUUAUGA